AUGAAGCUUGCAACCCUCCUCCCCGCGUUUGCUGCUGCGGCCCUCGCAGCUCCCUCAAACCCGCUCGUCGCCCGCCAGACUUCCGGCACAUCUACUCUUUCCUACGACACCAAGUACGACGUUGCCGACACCUCUCUGACUACUGUUGCCUGCUCGGACGGCGAUUACGGCCUCAUCACUGAAGGGUACACGACUUUUGGCUCUCUGCCUACAUUCGCACGUAUUGGCGGCGCACCAACCAUUCCCGGCUGGAACAGCCCCAACUGUGGCUCGUGCUACCAGAUCACUUACACCUCUGCAACUGGCCAGACCAACUCGAUUAUAAUGACUGCCAUCGACACUGCUCCUGGCGGCUUCAACGUCGGACAGCAGGCCAUGGACCUCCUCACAGGUGGCCGCGCCGCCGAAUUGGGCCGCGUUGACAUCACUUGGACGCAGGUUGGACGGGAGCAGUGCGGACUGACUCCAAGACCCUAGAUCAGGGUUGAUAUUGGGAUGAGUUGAGACUGGGUUCUAUUGGUUUGCUUUGAUCCGAUGUACUUCAUUUCCCUCCUUAUGACUCGAAUAGACUUGUUUUUCUGUUUCUUUUCUACCAUGGCAAAUAAGAUACUCUAUCUACU